AGAUACAAAGGCGUAUUUAAAAAUACUCGCGGGAAAGCGCAUUAUUCACUCCCUGCGCUAAAACGACGUCAUUCUGAUGGGAUCCCACUCACUUCGCACAAUAAAACGACGUCAUUUUUGGUCCCAGAAAAAAAAGAAAAGGCAGGCAAAUAUCGAACCAGCUACGUGUAUAUGGCAACGUUACUAGUCCCUCGAUUUUCCCGAGAAACAAACAGCUCUCCAAACAUCAUAUCCCAUACCCUUACAGAGAAAAGGCCACACAAGCAAACACAGAUAGAGAAUUGUGAGAGUUUUCCCGGAAAAUCCUGCUCUUCGUCCCAGGACUGCCCAACAGCACAAUGAAAGCACUCUUCAAGACCAAGCCUCGAACUCCGGCAUACCUCGUCCGCCAAACUCGCGACCUUCUGAUAUACCUCAGCGGCUGCAGCGACCGUGACACCAAGCGCGAACUGAAGAUGGCAGAAUUGAGUAAGCUCAUCUGGGAGUUGAAGUUGAUUCUCUAUGGUAGUGGUGAAAAUGAACCUAUUGCUGAAGCUUGUGCAGAAUUGACCCAGGAGUUUUUCAAAGAGAACACACUUCGUCUCCUCAUUAUCUUUCUUCGAAAAAUGAACUUGGAGGCUCGUAGGGAUGCCACCCAAGUGGUUGCAAAUUUGCAGAGGCAACAGGUUAAAUCACGACUCAUUGCUUCUGAUUACUUGGAAGCAAACUUAGAUCUUAUGGAGCUUUUGAUAUCAGGGUAUGAGGAUCUGGACAUUGCUUUACAUUAUGGUGGAAUGUUGAAAGAGUGCAUACGCCAUCAGAGCAUUGCAAGGCAUGUCUUGGAAUCACAGCAGAUGAGGAAGUUUUUUGACUAUAUACAAAUCCCAAAUUUUGAUGUUGCUGCAGAUGCAACUGCAACUUUUAAGGAGCUUCUGACGAGGCACAAGUCUACAGUAGCUGAAUUUCUUAAAUGGAAUUAUGAUUGGUUUUUUGCAGAAUAUAACACAAAGCUGCUGGAAUCUGAAAAUUAUGUCACUAGGCGUCAAGGUGUCAAGCUGUUGGCAGAAAUUUUACUUGAUCGUUCAAAUUGUGCUGUGAUGGUGCGCUAUGUCAGCUCAAAGGAUAACAUGAGGAUUUUAAUGAAUCUUCUCAGGGAGCCAAGCAAGACCAUCCAGAUAGAAGCCUUCCAUGUGUUCAAGCUAUUUGUUGCGAACAAGAAUAAGCCUGAUGACAUUAUCAACAUACUAGUGGCCAACAGAACCAAGCUUCUAUUCUUUUUUAGCAACUUCAAGAUUGAUGGAGAGAAUGAGGGGUUUGAGGAAGAUAAGGCUCAUGUUGUAAAGGAGAUCGCUGAGUUACAACCCAAAUGAAUGAGCUCAUGUGAAUUAGAUGGAAACUUCAGAAUUAAUUACUAAUUAGUUCUGAAAAACAGAUGAUUUCCUGCUAUUUUGAGUUUCGACUCCUAAUAGACAUACCCCAUAAUUAUUUUUAA